ACAGGUAAAUAAGGGAAAAUGUAUGGUCUACCCAAAGUUUAUUUCCGCGUAGGGACGCUACCGAAAACAUAUUAUAUCAAUAAUCAGGGUAUUAUUUGUAUAAAGACCAUACAGGUUUAAAGCUACAUAAUUAAGUCUAUACAGUAUGAUUCGGUGUCUUGUUUUUGUUGCCAGUAUUUACCAUGUUUCAAUGACUUAUAUAUAUUACAAACAGCUCAACAGAAAUUGUCUCCCUUACUAUGAUUGUGAACCAGGCAAUGAAAUACAGCCAUGUACUAAAAACUUUACUCUUGAUUUAUGUGCUCCUUGUUCAAAUGAAAUGGAACAGCCAGAUUUGAUAUCAUCUUCAUCUGAUGGGGAUGCGAGUUCAACUGCUUGCUUUAAACCGAAAGAGCUAUGUCUGGCACAAGAUAUCACUUACAGUCGUGUCUCGAAAAAAGGUUACUGUGACCAUUUAAAAGAAUGCAAAUGCAAAACAGCAAUCUGUCAUUAUGGGGAUCCCUGCUUAUGUAAUGCAAAAGUCGGAGGUUGUCCGCCUAACACAACACUAAAUCAAUCAGGAGAAUGUAUUCCAUGUCCAGAUGGUACUUACAAGAAUGGAAGUGGGUGUGGUCCAUGUCGACAUUUACAAAAGACGGUACCAAUUGUAACACACAAGAUGCCAAGCAAUACCGUUGGGAGGCAUACCUCUAAGAGCACUCAUUUCAUCAUUGCACACAUUUCUUCAUCAACGUUUUUACCUUUGCAAGUGAAUCCACAAAAGUCAGGAGGAAAAGAUGAUCUACUGAUCAUUUUCAUAGUUGUCCUUGCAGCGUUGGUCAUACUAUUAUCAGUGGUAACUAUAGCGAUUUGUGUUAAAAGAUCGGGAUUUGUACUGGCUGGAAUUUGUUGGACACAUGGCAACGUACAAACAGAAAAUGAUGAUUUACGACCAGUUGACGUUGAGCUAGGAGAGGCUUUGAUUAAGCAUCAACAUGACAAUGUAAAUAUUGAAUCGAUGACAGAUAAAGGAAAUUUUGUAGCUGAAUACCAAACAAAGGAGAUUCCUCAUCAAUGUCCAACGUUUUCGUCAAAGCACGGGGAACCGAAGGAGUCUAUUGAUUCAGGUUGUCAUGAAGAAAAUGAAUCCGAUAUAGUAGGAAAUUUCACAAAUGAAGACCAUAAAAGCUCAACUGAUUCAGUAUUUUAUAAAGACAAAACAGAUCUGUAUGCUUCAAAACAGCAAGGAAAAAACAUUAAAGAUUCACCGACAUCUUCUGUAUCAUCUACUAAUGAAGAAACAAAAUUAGAACAUGAUAGUGAGACGAAAAUUCCCAAACUAUCCAUGGACUUUUCUGUAAUAAACAACAACAAAAACAAGAAUUUGAAUUUAUCUGCAACUUGCAGUCCAGUGACGGCAGACUCUGAACCUCAUACUUUUCAGCUGUUUGCAGCGAGUGUUCAAGAGCACCAAGGGGAUACUAGUGGCUAUCAAACUCAAUCUGAAAAAGAUGCAGUGCCUUCGACUAGUUCACAAUCUGGCGAAUACAUGUCUAUGAAUGUUUCAACUCUUAACAGUAGAAGUGACACUAAUGAGACAAUACCCAGUAAUCUGGAAAACUUUAAUUUUGAAAUCAAAGGUAUUCAUAGAAACAAUUCAAAUAGUAUGAGUGGACAAUCAGAAACAGAUAUGAAACAUUGCGGUCCAAAGAGUGUUGACAGUGGCGUUUUUAACAUAUAAAAAUAAUGAUGUCGAAAAAGACAACUAACCUGCCGACGCCAGUUUAUAUGAGGGACCAGAUGCGUUUCAAUAGGAAAUGACUUAAGGUCACGUUUGACUAUUUGAUACAGCUGGAUCUAAGUACACCCGACGCGUGUUUUUAAUCUGUAUUGACAUGUCGGGUUUGAGAUACGUUGUAAAUUAUGGGAUUCAAAUCUGAUAUAGAUAAUGAACAUUAAACCAAUGCAAUGACCUUGAUAAAAAUACAAUUCAGAGUGUAACAACUACAAGAGACAGUAUAAUGGUCGCGUUAUCCACCGAAGUGUUCAUAUUUAUCAUAUUUGACAGUGCCGUUAAUUUUUUUGUGGACACUUGCAAGCGAAGAGUAAGAUACAUAUGAAAAACUAUUAUUUCAAUUUUCAUAAUGUAAUUAUAUAUAUGUAAAUACACAUUUACAAUGACUGAAAAUAAUAUCAUUUGUCAUAUUUUG